AUGGCAUCUCACUGGUGGAAUGAUUUCAUUGCAAAGCGCAAGGGAACAACAAUACAGCAGCAACAGCAACAGCGUGAUGAUGAGCAACAACAACAGCAGCAGCUGGAAAUGGGUGUCUCUCCACCUGACAUGACACAGUCAUACCAUGCUCUUGGACAAACCUAUCCUUCAAGAGCUGGAUUAGGUCGUACACCUUACCCAAGUUUUUAUGGUACAUUGUCAUCAGAAUACAACUACCACCAACAACAGCAACCAGGAUCCAUGAGAUCACGUUAUGAUUCAGUGCUACGAUAUUAUGAUGCCAAUUAUUGUACUACCCCUGUCACGCCUGUGGCUGCAUACCAUUCACCAUUUCAAACUGCACAUCCAUUGGCAUACAACAACAUGACAACACCCGCUCCUAUAGAAGAACAACAGCAUUCCAAACAGCAUUCCAAACACGAGCUUGCAUAUUUCCCAUCACAACAACAAGUGGAUACAACAACAACAACACAUCCAAAUGCUGCUGCUACUACUACUCUACACAACAACAACAAAAAUGAAACACCAUCACCCAAUCAUCAAUUCAAGGAGAUACCAUUAACUUCGGCUCAGGACAAUGUCUCAUGUGCAAGUACGGUGGUGCCGAUUCAUACCACAAUGGAUGAAAAAGCAAAAGCGUUACCAGAGCAAGAGAUGAUGAGACGUGAAGCAAUGUUUAAAUCAUUACGACAACGUCGAGUGUGGUUCCCUUUCUUCUCGUACCUAAGUGCGAUCGGCAUGGUGGUGGUCUUUGUCAUCAGCGUGAUAAACAACCGAUCCAUGACAGGCAAUGUAUUUGAAACAUCUCCCUUCAAUAUGAUGCUGGGUCCUUCGACACAGGCCUUGGUUCAAGUGGGAGCCCAUUAUGCACCAUGCAUGCGAUCAUUCGAUGAUAAGGCUGCUGCCAACUUUGUGUGCCCCAAUCAAACCGAUGCAAACAACCAUGGGCCCACUAUGCCAGACUUGAUCUUGACCUUGCACACGAGUAACGAUAACAGCACCAGUUGCCCAAUUCAGGAGAUCUGUGGCAUGUCACAUGAUGCGCCCAAUCAACUCUAUCGCAUUGUCACGGCUCUCUUUGUUCAUUCUGGUAUCGUGCAUUUGUUCAUCAACAUGCUUGUCCAUUUGGGAAUCGGAAGACGUAUCGAACGAAGGCUUAAUCCUAUCCGCUAUGGCUUUGUAUGGUGUAUCACUGGUACUGUUGGCUACGUUACAAGCACCACCUUUUCGCCAGCUGUCAGUGCAACCAUGGGAUGCUCUGCAUCGCUCUUUGGUGUUACAGUGCUCUUGCUAGUAGACUUGGUACGCAGUUGGGGACUUAUUCCAGAUGCUGGAUGGGAGUUGUUCAAGCUAAUAUGCUUGACAGCCUUAGGUUUGGGUUAUGGAUAUUUGCCAGGGCCAGACAACUUUGCACACGUGGGUGGAUUGAUUGCAGGUCUUCUUAUGGCUGUCAUUGUGAUGCCAACAGCCGAUACAUCAUCCCGAGCUCGACGUAUCUUCCUUUGGAUGACGCGUUUGGUCGCAUUCGUUCUGCUUAUUGUAGCAUGCUACUUGUUGCUCGAUGCCUUUUACAAGGGCAAAUCCCCUAAAGAGGUAUGCUCAUGGUGCAAGUUUCUAGCAUGCCUUCCUGUUGGUGACAUGUGUAAUGCAUACGAUGCCAUUUGA